GACGCCGGCCGCCCGGCAACGGGAUGGCGUCAGCUCCGGGGCGGGCCCGGAAGAGGUUGUUGUGCUGAGCCGCCAUGGUGUGCGAGAAGUGUGAAAGGAAGCUGGGCACGGUGAUCACUCCCGAUACGUGGAAGGAUGGGGCGAGAAACACCACAGAAAGCGGUGGCCGAAAGCUGAACGAAAACAAGGCAUUGACCUCAAAGAAAGCAAGGUUUGAUCCUUAUGGAAAGAACAAAUUUGCAAUAUGUAGAAUUUGUAAGAGUUCUGUCCAUCAGCCUGGGUCUCACUAUUGUCAAGGAUGUGCCUAUAAAAAAGGCAUCUGCUCAAUGUGUGGCAAGAAGGUCUUGGAUACGAAGAACUACAAGCAAACUUCUGUCUAAUUACAUUGAUCUUUCAUGAACUUCUGACUUCUGCAUCUUUGUACAUUUACCUUUGUCCAAUAUUGUUGAUGAAUGUUACUUUCUGGAAGAUAGUACACUUAUUUGGAAUGAGUUUAGGGGAGAAGACAGCCUGGUUGUUUCUGUAGAAAUGAAUACAACAUUUGAUUUUUGUUGUUCUGGCACUAAUGUUAGUGUUUAAAGGUAAUGGUUUGCAGCAGCUGAUACAGCUCAUAGUGAUAGGUUGAAACUGUGUUACUAUCGUAUCAAAUCCUUGAGAUUAGCACUUAUUGUUCUGUUGUCCUGUCUUGAAUCUUCUGCUUGUCUGGUGGUAAAACCUAACGGAUACAUGAAAUAAGAGCUUAUAUCACGUCUUUAAAGUACUAUCAUUAACUAGUUUCUGUGCUUAUAGGUAUUUAUAUUUUUGCUCAUUCCUAAACUAUUAUGCACUUUAAAGUGCUGCUUUUCAGAGUUUAAUUCCAUUGUUCUGAUCCAACAGUAGGGUUUGUUGAAUUGCAAGCUGUUAAACUACUGAAAUGCAGUGUAUUGCUGCAAAAGUAAGAACUGGCAGAGUAAGAUUGAUUAGCUAUUCCCCUGUCAAAUCCUAAGCGGAUUUUGCAUACAGCAUCUGGUGGCCCAAGGCAAUAAAAUAAUGAGCAUCAAUUUCUCAUGCCAGGUCUCAGUCUCCUUAUUUCCUAAGUUAGUGUGGAUUCUAAACGCUUGUUUUGAAAACUUGCUCUUGAAUUCUGUGAUGUAUAAUUGUUUAUAUAAAUGUCAGAUUGAAAGAUCAAAACAGGCUGCCUUCCCUUUAGCACUGUUUGGAGAUAAGACUGAAGGAAGCAUCUGUGAACAUGUGAGGCUGCAUUUCUUUCAUCCUUUUGUAAAUUCUAUGUAAGAAAGCAAUUUCUCUUACAAAGAAUAAUAACUUGAAUUCAUGGUAGGAUUUUAAUUAGACCUUUUUGUUUAUUCCUCUUACCAUCUGUUCUUAGCAAAUUCUUACGGUUUUGCAACUUAUUUUCAACCAUAAUGGUGAAAAUAUCAACAGGAAUUUCCCAGUGAGUAGAUUUUCUAGUUUAAAUUUCCUUUUGUUCUGUUAUCUACUACGGAGACAGCUGCAUGUGUGAUAGAGACUGAAUAGUUGCUGUUCUUUCUGUGUGUUAAUGUGAAAAACUGAACAGAAAGUGCAUAGAAUAGCUUAUGUACAGUAACACCAAUUCUAAUGUCAGUGUACGUCACUGUGGCACGUUCCUUGUACAGAUGAAAAAAUGUCUAUAACGGACCUCAUGCUUUGCAGCAAGUGUUUCUCAGUACAAUUGUAAAAACAUUCAACCAUUUGACAAACAAAUUAUGAGGUAGCUGUGAAAACCAAGUAGUUAGUAUUACGUAUGGAUCGUUGUCCUGUGUAACAACAAUUCUAUGAUGCACAGGCCCUGGCAACCAUGAAGAGGCUCAAAUGAGACCAAGGGUAGUGCUCAGUGUAUGUUCUAGAGAAUAUCUUUCCUGUCACGCUGGAAACAAUCAUUUGUGGUGAGGUGACUGAAUUUGGUUACUGCCUGCUGGAUUUAUGUAAGGCAGUUUUGCUGAAGGGUCUCACUUGAAAGUAUUUGUUUUCUGCCUCUUUUUUGUCCUCUACAGCUGUUGGGUAUUUUCUAUGCAAUUGGUCAAUCGCUUACUGCACUGGCAGUAUUGCAUUAAAGGUAUGAGCACUAUUAGAAGUGGAGGUUGUAAACCAAUUAAUGUGAAAGGAUUAAUUGGGGGAAUGUAACUGGAACAUCUGUGCAAGUCUUCUUGUGGUAGGAGUGGUAUUUUAGAACAAUUGCAAAAACUCCCACAUUUAUAGAAGGAAAUCUAAAAAUCACAGGUAAGAUGGUUUGGGGAUUUUUAAGAUACUCUGUGAGUCGUUGGUAGGAGUUCCUGUUUUUUUCCUUUUUUUUAGAAGAUGAAAUGGAUAUGUGUAUAUAUAUGUGUGUGUGUAUAUAUAUAUAUAUAUAUAAAUAUAUACACACAUACAUAUUAACAUACAUAUUACUUUUUUUUCUCCUCCCUUAGUUCAGUUAGACAAUUUUCAUCAACUUAACUUUCCAACUUAGCCUUCACCUUCAGCUUUUCAAUCAGACUUAUUAGAGGUGAUUUCAAGUGAAAGAUCCUCUGAUAUUCUGCAAACUCUUCAUUCUUUGUAUAUUUGUUCUAUAAGAUUAGUUUUGCCAUUCUGUAUAUAAAGCUUUUCUUGCCUUCCUAAUGUUUUCCAGCAUCUUUAUUUCAAAAAUAUGACUGUAAUUCUUGAAUGCAUUGUAUCAGUUCAGGAUUAUUUCACGCUGUAAAUACUGGUAUUCAGUAAAUGUGUACUUCAUUUUGUAAUGUGUAAAUAAUAUGAUUCUUUGUUGACAA